AUGAGUAUUUUUCUUUUCAUCACGAUAUUCUUAUUUUUAUACUACGAGCAUUAUGUAUGUAGUACAAUAAGACCAUAUGAAUUUGAUAAAAGAGAUUUAUUAAAAAUUUAUGAAGAUUAUAAAAAUUUGGAAUUAAAUGAGAAGAUUAUUAUAGACAAUGAAGAGAGUUUUGACAAUAUAAAAUAUCUCUCUCUAUGUAAUAUAAAUAAUAAUAAGAAUUCGAUGUAUGGAAUAUCAGAUAUACUUUGUAAAAAUAUUAAUUUUCCUUAUCAUAUAAAAAUAAAAGCUGUAGAUCUUUUAUAUGGUGAGAUGGUUCAUUUUAGUACAUCAAAAUUUAUAAAUGAAAUAAAUUUUGUAUGUAAAUAUUAUAUAUAUGAUAAUUCUUAUGAAAUAAUAAAAUGUAAUUAUGUUAUCAAUAUUGAUGAUCAUUAUGAAUUUUAUUUAGGGAUUGAUAUGGAAAAUAUAAAUGAACCAACAUAUAAGAUUGAUAAUAAUAAUGAAAAUAAUGAAAAUAAUUUUAUUCAAUCAAAUAAUUUACAAAAUGAUAUUAUGCAUUCAUUAAGUAAACAAGAGCCACUUGAAUUAAAAAAUGUAACAUAUGAGGAAAAUAUAAAAAUAGAUAAUAAUAUAAUAAAUAUGUCUCAUAAUAAUAAUGAUAAUAAUAUUUUUCAUCAGAAUCAUUAUCUCAAUUAUUAUGAUAAUUAUAAUAUAAAGUUGUGUAAUUUAAGGAUCCCUAUUUAUAGUUAUAUAACAAAUGUAGAAGAAAUAUUUUUGAAAAUUCUUAUUGGAUUAUGCAUAAAACUAGGAUAUAAAAAAUAUAUGAUAUAUUCUGAACAUACGUUUGUUAUUUCAAGCUAUUUUGAAAAUAUGCAUAUUAGUAGGAAUAUAUUUAAUCAGGGGUUUAAUAUAACUUGUAGAAUAUUUUACAACUCUAAUAAUAUAUAUAUUAUAAAGAGUCAAAAUAGUUUUGUACACAAUAAAACUAAUAAAAAUAUUAACAAUAAUAAUAUUAACAAUAAUAAUAUUAAUAAUGACAAUAUUUAUAAUGACAAUAUUUAUAAUGACAAUAUUUAUAAUAACAAUGUAGGUGUUGUGAAAAAAGAGGUUCCUAAGAUUUAUCUAAAAUUUUUUCCUAAUAAAUCUUAUUUAUUGUGGAGAGGAAUUGAACAAAAUAAAGAAAUCUUUAAUUUUAAAUUAUUAGAAUUAAAAAAUUUAUUAAAGAAAGUUAAUUAUAAAGAAAGGAUAUAUUUAUGUUAUACAAAAGAAUUAUAUAGCUAUUAUGAACAAGAUGAAAUCUAUAUUAAAAAUUUUAUGUCUUCUCAUAAAAUAAAAUAUAGUAAUUUCAGAUCAUUACAAAAUAAAGAAAACAAAAAUUUAGAUAUACCUUUUUCUUAUAUAUUAUUAACAUUUCAACAUUUUUGUGAUAAUAAUAUUAUUAUAUUAUUUGAAGAAUGUGUACAUAUUAUUAUGACAUCAAAAGAUUUAGAUGAAAAAUAUAAAAGUAUUAUGCAUCAAUUUUUAUAUGAAAGUUUUCUAUGCUCACAAAAUUGUUCAUAUGAAGAUGAUCAAUUAAAUAUUUUUCAUAAUGAUAUUAUAAUAUCAAUAUUUCAAGAAUUUAUAAAUAAUAGUAAUUCUAUAAUUAUCAAAAUGAAAAAACAUUCUAAAUCUAUAAGAGACAAAAUGAAAAAGAAAGAAACACUUUAUAAUAAUAUAUUAUUACCUCAAGAUGAAAAUUUAUACACAGAAUUUUAUCAAAAUAUUAUGUUUUCUAUUGAAUUUCAAUCUAUUAUUCCAUUCUUAAAAGAUGAACUAGAUAAACUUACUAGAAAAAAAAAUAAUAGAAAUAACAGAAUUUGUAAUAUUUUGAAAUUUAUUAAAUAUCAUGAAAAGUUGUAUGAAUCUAAUAGACCUAAUCAUAUAUAUAAUCGAUUAUUGAAUGAAACCAUAUUAUUAAAUAAAUUAGUUUUUAAAAAUUAUAAAGAUCAUCAAACGUUUGAUGAUAGAAAUGUCACCAACCUGGAUGAUAAUAUAAAAAUAAAAAAAAAAAAUCAUGUGGAUGAUAAUAUAAAAAUGAACAAACAAAAUAUUGACAUAACAAAAAAGAAUCAUGUGGAUGAUAAUAUAAAAAUGAACAAACAAAAUAUUGAGAUAACAAAAAAGAAUCAUGUGGAUGAUAAUAUAAAAAUAAACAAACAAAAUAUUGAUAUAAAAAAAAAAAAUCAUGUGGAUGAUAAUAUAAAAAUGGUAUAUAAUAAAAAUAUGGAAAAUAAUAAGGUUGAGGAAGAAAAUGAAAAAUUUGAACAUAGCAAUAAAAACGAAAUAAUAUAUAUUAUGAAUGAUCCUAUUGAAUCUAACAACGCAUAUCAAUCUCAAUCAUAUGAAUCUAUUUCAAACAAUUUAGAUGAAAAACCUUUGAAUAAUUAUACUUAUGAUGAUGUGGAAAAAUAUGAUACGGAGCAAAUUAACACAUUUACAAAAAAAUACCCUAAAAUGAUGAAUAUAAAAAUAGAUAAAAAAAUAAAUGUAAGUAAUAACGAAUUAGAAUUAAAAAAAAAUAAUAAAGGUACCAUGCAUCAUUCUUUCAUAAUUAAUUCUUAUGGGGUACGUAUUUAUACCCUACAAAAGCAAUAUGAAUAUGAUAUUCUGAAAAAAAUAUAUGAAGAAUAUAAGAUGAAAACACAAGACAAUACAAAUUAUAGUAAUAAUGAAAAUGAGCAUAUGAAAAGGAAAGAAUUUUUUAACCUUCUCUAUUCAAUUAAUAAGACAUAUACUUUUACAGUCAAAAACGUACCCACAAAAAUAUACGACAUAUUAAACAAAACAAAUAAUUCAAAUGAUAAAAAAAAAAAUUACAAUCAGGAGCAUUCAAAUAUGUAUGAAUGGGGAAAAAAAAAUGUAAAAUAUUUAUGCAGUAAAGAGAAACGUUGGCCAUUUUCUAAAAAGGAGAUUAAUUUUUCUACAUCUGCUGAUGCUAUUUAUUGUGAGGCGCAAUAUGUAAAUGAGUUGUUUAUUAGGGUAAAUAAUGAUGAACAGACGUUUGAUUAUAUGAUAAAUGAUAUGAAAAAAAAGGCAGAUACUUAUAAAGAUCAAAAUAUUUAUCAAAAGGAUGAUAUAUAUAAAGAGCAAAAUAUAUAUCAAAAGGAUGAUAUAUAUAAAGAGCAAAAUAUAUAUCAAAAGGAUGAUAUAUAUAAAGAGCAAAAUAUAUAUCAAAAGGAUGAUAUAUAUAAAGAGCAAAAUAUAUAUCAAAAGGAUGAUAUAUAUAAAGAUCAAAAUAUGUAUCAAACGAAUGAUGAUUCAUAUGCCCAUUCCAACAAAAAUCCAAACAUUAAUUUUAUUUUUCCAGAUAAUAUUCUACAUAAUGUCAAAGAAGGAUAUUUUAUAAAACCUUCGACAGAAGAAAGCAAAAUUAUAGGUUUUUAUGUCCUUAAUAAUAUAUGUGUAAUAAAAUAUAUUGGGAAUAAAACAAAUGACAUAAAUAAUCCUUUCUUAAGUCAUGUUUUAUUAAAUUCAGUUUUAGGCUUUUGUAUUUUACAUGGGUUUACAAAAAUAAAAGUUGAAGCAGAAACUAUUAACUAUGAAAGUGGAAUAAAAAAUAAAUUUAUUGAGAUUUUAUUAAAUGGAUAUACUCAAUAUGAAUAUUUAGGUUUGAAGUUAAUGAAUGUAGCAACAUUUUCAAAAGAUUUAUAUUAUAUCAUAACAGGAUAUACUUCCAAAAGUGAUCUUUUAUUAUCUGCUGUUAUGAAAUUUGAAAAAAAUUUUAAUAUAAAUCAUAAUAUAGAAAAUAAUUUUAUGAAUUAUAUGAACAAAAAAUCAAUGGAUAUAUUACAUGAAUUAACCUUCAAUUGUAAUGAUAAUUAUUAUCCAUAUAAAAAUUGUUAUGAUCUUUAUCCUCUUGUAAGAAAAAAUAAAAAAACAAAUAUAUGUAAUUUUGAAAAAAACAAUAUAUAUAAAGAAUUAAAUUUAUUAUUUCCUGAUAUCUGCCAAAUUGGAAACAAAAUUGCCUUAUGUUAUGAACAAAUAAAAAAAAAUAUUGUUUGCUCAAAAAAUAGCCAAGGGUGUAAAUACUACAAAUUUAUUAUUAACACAUUCAUAAAACCUAGAAGAAAAACAUCCUUUUUUAUAAAUCAUAAUAUAAAUGUUCAAGAAUAUUUAUCAAAAAAAGCUUAUACAUAUUAUUUAUUAUUAUCUGAACUUAUAAAAAAUAAAGAAAAACAAUUAAAACAAGAACAAGGGAAAGAUAAAAAUCAAAAUAUAGACCAUGCACAUACUUAUUUUUUAUUAAAUAAUAUCAUUCAAUAUGCAACAUUUUUUCUUUUCUGGAAUUUCUCUACAGAAUUUUGGAAGAGAUUUCAAUACAUACACAAUAAUCAUACUCAUAAUAUAAAUGAAAUUUCUUAUCAAAAUAAUAACUUAUUAUUUUGCCCCAUGGCAUAUUCCUACGAAUUUAUUUAUCACCUUAAUGUAUUCUACAUAAGCGAAUAA